AUGGCAGUGAAUUCCAAAGUGAAAAUAAGGAGAUCAGUGUACAAUAUCUUUACUAAAAAGUAUGGAUUGCAUGUACAAACAGACGCUACAAAGUAUCUCGAAGGUCUACUGGAGAGAGAAGAUGAUUUGGUCGACACAUUGGAAAGAAUUAUCAGGGCUUACAAGAAGCGUUACAGUGAGGAAACACUCGUCAUUGUCAACGAAUCCACCAUUCGAGAUGUCAUUACGACCAUGCAGAGUUCAGCAGCCAUUGCAGCCUCGUUGACGCCAUUUCAAAGAGUGGAUGAAGAAAUCAACGAUUCUUUGCAAGACAUGUCUAUCCAAGAAGCACCAGCAGAAAAGGUAGAUGUGACACAGCACUUUCAUGUAGUCGAUGCCUUCAAUCUGCCAAAGCUAGUCUAUGACGAACUCACAAGAUCAUUCCACAAGAGUAAGGAUCGUUCUACUCUGUUACCAGAAGCCAACGAAAAGGGCGACAUGUACCGCGAAAGAUACAAGCUUGUCAAGCAACGAUUGCUGAGAAACGAAAACUUUUGUCCGCCAAAUAUGUCUGACGCAUCCAAUUCUGAUAUUAUCAAGAUCACACCUAUAAAAGCGCUCAUUGGUCAUGACGAGGAAGAGUUUGUAAUGUUUGGUAUGCUUACACAGGUAGAGGAAGGAAAGUUGCAUUUGGAGGAUGAAGAUGCGCAUAUAGAAUUGGUCAUGCACGAAGCUAACUAUGAUUAUGGGCUAUUCACGGAUGGUGCGUUUGUGUUGGUGGAAGGCGUUUACAGAGAUCACAGAUUCUACGUCAAGGAGAUCAAUUUACCGCCAGCAGAGCCUCGCGAGAUGACAGAUGCACUGUUCAGCCAUGUUGAUUUUAUGGGUUUGCCGAAACCACUUGUAGACGAGAAACUACUAAAACUCGAGGAAGCCACCAACGAGGACAUUACAUUUGUCAUUCUAUCCGACGUAUACCUGGAUCAACCCAAAGUGAUGGCAGCAUUGAGGAUCAUCUUCGCUGGAUACUCUGCAGCACAAGUGCCACUGGCAUUCAUCAUGAUUGGCAAUUUCUCGAGUAAAUCAUUUGUAUAUGCUGGAUCAGAUUCGGAUGAAUACAAGGACAACUUUUCAGCAUUAGCAGAUUUGAUCAGUGAAUUCCCAGACCUAGCAACACAUUCAAACUGGGUGUUUGUGCCUGGACCAAAGGACCCUUGGGCAGGGAAAUCAUUACCACAGAGCCCCAUCUUGCCCAGUUUUGUGAAUCGUGUCAAACAGAAAGCUAAAAAAGUUACUUUUACUACAAACCCAUGUCGUAUCCGAUACUGUACACAAGACAUUGUUAUAUUUAGAGAGGAUUGGUUGCAGAAAUUGUGGAGAAAUACCUUGCUUACAACAAAUCUCGAAGAAGAUCCUGAGCCAAUUAGACAUUUUGUACAUACCAUUGUGGAUCAGGGUCAUCUAAGUCCACUGCCAUUGACAAUCAAACCCGUUUCUUGGGCAUUUGAUAAUGCUUUGAGAUUAUAUCCAUUACCACACGCAUUAAUUAUAGCAGACAAGUGUGAGAAUUAUGGCAUAACCUAUGAAGGAACUCACUGCAUCAACCCGGGAAGCUUCCCUAAUUCCGACUUCACAUGGACCGUCUACUAUCCACAUUCACGCAUAUCCGAACGAUGGUAA